AUGGAUGGGUUUUACCCCUCGGCAGGAGGAGCUGGGCAGGACGGGCUCAGUGCCACCAGCUGGGCAGCACAAAGCCACUCCCCGCUGUCCCUGCGGGUAGUGACAGCCACCUGCCUGGCCCUCCUCAUCCUCACCACGCUGCUGGGGAACGCCCUGGUGUGCCUGGCCGUGCUCAGGUUCCCACACCUGCGCUCCAAGGUCACCAACCUCUUCGUGGUCUCCCUGGCCGUGUCCGACCUGCUGGUGGCCGUGCUGGUGAUGCCCUGGAGAGCUGCCAGUGAUGUGCUGGGCUUCUGGCCCUUCGGGGCCUUCUGUGACCUCUGGGUGGCCUUUGACAUCACGUGCUGCACGGCCUCCAUCCUCCACCUGUGCCUCAUCAGUGUCGAGCGCUACUGGGCCAUCGCCGAGCCCUUCCGCCACCAGAGGAGGGUGACACAGCGCCUGGCCUUCGUCACCAUUGCGGUGGCUUGGCUGCUGUCCCUCCUCAUCUCCUUCCUCCCCGUGCAGCUGCAGUGGCACAAGGCCCGGGAGCAGCUGGGGUUUAACGGCUCUGCGGAGGAGGGGAGCUGUGAUCCCAGCCUCAGCAGGACCUACGCCAUCUCCUCGUCCCUCAUCAGCUUCUACAUCCCCGUGGCCAUCAUGCUGGGCACCUACGGGCGCCUCUUCCGCCUGGCCCGGCACCAGCUCCGUGGGAUCUCCUCCCUGGAGACACCGGUGGGACAGAGCGACCACCCUCAGGAAACCUCCCUGAAAACCUCCCUCAAGAAGGAGACCAAGGUGCUGCAGACCCUCUCCAUCAUCGUGGGUGUCUUCGUGUGCUGCUGGCUGCCCUUCUUCGUGCUCAACUGCCUGGUGCCCUUCUGCGACCCCGAUCUCCACGUCCCGGGAGCGUCGCCGUGCGUCAGCAGGGCCGUGCUCAGCACCUUCACCUGGCUGGGCUGGGCCAACUCUGCCCUCAACCCCAUCAUCUACGCCUUCAACGCUGAGUUCCGCGCCGCUUUCACCUCCCUGCUGGGCUGGGGCUGCCUGUGCCGCGGCGGCGCCGUGGAGACGGUGACCUUCAGCAACGAGCUGGUGUCCUUCCACCCUGACACCUCCGGGCUGGUGGCUCUGCAGAGCCUCAGCCCACCCCAGCUGCUGCCCCACGCCGUGCUGCAGGUGGAGAGCCCCGAGGUGGCCUUGGAGAGGGUUUCUCCAGGCUCCUCCCCAUCUCAGAAUGCCCUUCCUGAGUGUGGGACGCCCAUGCAGCUGGGGAGGGUUCCCCCUCUGGCCAGCAGCGCCUUCCAUUGA